AUGGUGUCGUCAGGUCCACUUCGUUUCGAUGGGCGCGUUGCUAUCAUCACAGGCUCCGGUCGAGGCCUCGGGCAGGAGUACGCGCUUCUUCUUGCCCGGUUGGGAGCCUCUGUUGCUGUUAAUAGCAUAACUCCCGCCACCACCCACCAAACGGUCGAUGACAUCACGAAAGCCGGCGGCAAGGCGAUUGCAUGCGUUGGAGACAUUUCAGACAAUGAUGUCGCUGAAAGCAUUGUCGCAAAAACCAUCGAUGCGUAUGGACGGAUCGAUAUUGUUAUCAACAACGCAGGCAUCAGCGAGUCUCUCACCAUCGAACAAGUUACGCAUGAACUCUUUUGGAAGAUGUUGAAUGUCCAUGUUGGUGGAGCUUUCAACAUCACCAAGGCUGCAUGGCCUUAUAUGAAAAAGCAAAAGUUUGGAAGAGUUAUAAUGAUGCUCUCUGGCAUGAUGUUCGGAAUGCCGACCCAUAUCAGUUAUGGAACCGCGAAAAUGGCACUCCUUGGUCUGGCAAGGGCUCUUGCAACUGACGGGAAGCAUCAUAAUAUUUUGGUCAACUCUGUUUGCCCUUCUGGCCUCACCGACCUGGCGGCGAAGCAUAUCCAGGACCAAGGGAUGCUCAACUUCAUGCAAAAUUACAUGCCUGCCGUGGAAAACGCCCCACCAGUUCUGUGGCUUGCGCAUGAGGAUUCCAACGUCAACGGAGAGAACUUCAGUUUCGGUGGUAGGUUCAUGUCUCGAAUCUUCAUUGGAGAAACAGGUGGUUACCUUGGCUCGCGAGAUGUGGAUUGGACUAUUGAAACUGUUCGGGAUAAUUGGGAUGAGGUUAUGGAUAUAGAAAAGUUUGAUCUUGUUCCUGACGUGGAGACAUUCGGCCCACGCCUCUUUAAGCGGGUGUCGGCUGGCGAGGGUCAGCGGUUAUCAGUUGAUGAUCUGAACAAGGCUUUCUAA